UAAUGUUAUUAAUAUCACACAAAUGGAAAUGUUUGGUAAAUCCACAACACAAUUUGUUAUAGUAAAAGAUAAAAUUGUUGAUGCCUCGAAUAAAAAAGUCACUCUAACUACUGAAAGAUCAAAAGGGAAUUCAUCAAAUCCAGAUAUUCUAUUUACAGAUAUCGCGGGUGCCAAAAUACUUUGCUCAAAUUGUUUUAUGAAUGGUGAAGCUACAGUUUCAUUGAGAGUUGCUGGCGAAUUUGUUGACUCUGAGAUUAAAUUUACCGAUGCUACGUUUGCACUUGAUGGAAAUGUUAAAUUAAACGUGGAUAUUUCCCUUGUCG